CUGUGUGUGUAUUUAGCCCUUAUGUUUGCCAUUGUUCUGGGUCGGGUAUUAUAUAUACCCGAUGUAGUAAGUCUUGUCUAGUCAAGUUUUUGUUUAUGUUUUGGAUUCAUGUUUUUUGGAUAGCACUUUGUAAAUAAACUGCACUUGGGUUCUUCACAUCAUCACCGUCUUCAUCUGCCUGUCAUUGCCCUCCAACCAACGUUACAAUUUGUGUGCUAUUAUUUCAAACCCCAUUGUCCAGGGAUAUUAGCCUACAUCUACAAAUAUGAGUUUCUUCAAAAUACCGAGUUCCAGAUUAAUCUCCGCGUUCUUCAGCUUUUGCAUCCUCCUUAUUUUUAUGAUCUUCCACAACGCCGUGAUAUUUAUUGCCAUCCAAACAACUGCCGAUUACACCCCAGAUGGUUUGUGCGCCUGUGAUAAGUGUGUCACCGAUCUGAAUGAUGACGACUGGUUCUUCAUGCGUUACAACCCGACAGUUCCACCUCUGCUGAACAGGAGAAACAGUGUGCUACAAGCAGACGUCUACAAAUGGUGGAAGGGUCUACAACGUGAAUCCUUGAAAACCAGCUACACAGAUGUGGUGGACAGGUUGUUUGAUCUCUUUCCAGAUGAAGAACAUUACUCAGAUGGUGGUCUAGAACGCUGCAGAACCUGUGCUGUUGUGGGAAACUCAGGGAACCUACUCAGAUCUCAUUAUGGUCAACUAAUAGAUAAUCAUGACUUUAUCAUCAGGAUUAAUAAAGGCCCAACAAAAGGUUAUGAGAGGGAUGUGGGUUCUAAGACCACUCAUCGAUUAAUCUACCCUGAGAGUGCUGUGGACAUGGACAACUCCACUCACCUGGUUCUUCUGCCAUUUAAGAUCAAAGACAUGCGCUGGCUCAUCAGUGCCUUCACAACUAAACACAUCACACGCUCUUAUGUUGCAUUGAAACCUACUAUAAAUGCAGAUAUGGACAAGGUGAUGAUCCUCCAUCCUGCAUUUAUUAAAUAUGUCUAUGAAAGCUGGUUGCAUAAACAUGGCAAAUAUCCAUCCACUGGCUUCAUUACAAUAAUAUUCGCCCUACACAUCUGUGAUGAGGUGAAUGUUUUUGGGUUUGGAGCUAGAAGUGACGGAAAAUGGCAUCAUUAUUUUGACAGAAGUUUGACUCACUUUAGCAGUGGUAAUCAUGGAGGAGACUUUGAAAAUAAAACUAUGAAUGAGCUUCUGAAGAGAAACAAGAUCUUUAUGUAUAAAGGGUGGUAAUGAUGAAAUACUGCUGUUUAAAGGGUUGAAUGUAAACAUUAUUGGUAAACAUUACUCUUCCCUAGAAGAGGUUUCGAAUGUACUGUAUGUGUGCUUUAAAAAAGCCUGCCUUUAAAUACAUACGCUGGCAAUGUAUAACUACACAUUUUAUAUGUACAUUAUAUACAUCAUUCUGUAUAGUUAAUGUAUUUUAAGAUAAGGUAAAGUUCAUCUGACUAGUAUUCUAAGACUACUAACUUAACUAGAAGAGUUUCAGCAAUAACUAGGUCACUAAAUGCAAACUUUACCAAAAAACGAAAUAUUGUUUCAUGACUAAUUAAUUGUAUUUCUAUAUUUGUAUGUAAAAUAUAUUGACAAGGAUUGGUUAUAUUUCAUUCAUAUAUUUUUGUUUCUAUGAAAUUUUCUUUAUGUUUAUUUAUAGUUAUCACUGUUUUAUAGAUGGACAAUAAUGGAAUAACAAUGUAGUGGAUUACUUUAAAUUAAGUGCCCCCUGACCUAAACUUCUACAGUAAUUCUUAACGUAAUUCUUCCAAAAAUGCUAAAGCUAUGACUGCUAUAAAACUGUUAUAUGCUGUCAUACAGCUUCAUUAUUUGCUCCAUUUAAGGGUAAAACUAUACUUGUUUUUUAUAGCAUUGUAAUAUUUGUUACAAAUAUUGCUCAGUUGGUAGAGUGGGUCGGCCACUAAUCGCAGGGUUGGUGGUUUGAUUCCCGGCCCACACGUCUCCACAUGCCGAAGUGUCCUUGGGCAAGACACUGAACCCCAAGUUGCUCCCAAUGGCAGGCUAGCACCUUACAUAGCAGCUCUGCUGCCAUUGGUGUGUGAAUGUAUGAAUGUGUGUAUGAAUGUGUGAAUGUGUCAAGUGUUUUGAAUACCGUUAAGGUUAAAAAGGCGCUAUAUAAGUGCAGACCAUUUACAGUUAUAGGAUUCCCCCACCCAGUUUCAAUAAUUCAAAAUACAAAAGAAUAUUUAUGUUGUCCCAAUGCAAAUUGAGUAAGUAAACUUUCAUUUUACAAAUCUAAGUGUAUUUCACAAAUUGAUAUUGCAUUGCUUUCAUUUUAAUGAAGUAAACUGAAUGAGCAGCAAAAAUCUAUUUUACUUUGGAGUUUACUAAACUCCAGAUUAAUUUUGACACUCAAAAUAAUUUUUUGAGUUUCUUCAUAUUAUAAGUGCUGCAUAUACUCAAAUCUUGUGUCUCAAAUGUAGCGUCAAACUAAGAAAAGUUCAAACAUACACUGUGGGGCAAAAGUUUGGAAUAAUGUACAGAUUUUGCUCUUAUGAAAAAUUACUAUUAUAAUUUGAAUUAUUUUAAUUCUUCGAUGAGUUCUCAUCAAAAAAUCCUCCACAUGCAGCAAUGACAGCUUUGCAGAUCCUUGUUAUUCUAGCUGUCAGUUUGUCCAGAUACUCAGGUGACAUUUCACCCCACACUUCCUGUAGCACUUGCCAUAGAUGUGACAUUCUCGUUGGGUUCUUCUCACGCACCUUACAGUCUAACUGAUCCCACAAAAGCUCAAUAGGUCUGAUUAUCUGUUGUCCAAUGUCUGUGUUUCUUUGCCCACUCUAACCUUUUCUUUUUGUUUUCUGUUUCAAAAGCGUCUUUUUCUUUUCAAUUCUUCCCAUAAGGCUGCACUCCUGAGUCUUCUCUUUACUGUUGUACAUGAAACUGGUGUUGAGCGGGUAGAAUUCAAUGAAGCUGUCAGCGGAGGACAUGUGAGGCGUCUAUUUCUCAAACUAGAGACUCUGAUACACUUAUCCUCUUGUUUAGUUGUACAUCUGGUCUUCCACAUCUCUUUCUGUCCUUGUUAGAGCCAGUUGUUCUUUGUCUUUGAAGACUGAAGUGUACACCUUUGUAUUGGCAAUUUCAAGCAUUGUAUAGCCUUCAUUCUUCAUAACAAUGAUUGACUGAUGAGUUUCUAGAGAAAGCCGCUUCUUUUUUUUGGUGCCAUUUUUGACCAAAUAUUGACAUGCCAGUCUAUUGCAUACUGUGGCAACUCAAAAACAAACACAAAGACAAAGUGUUAAGCUUCAUUUAACAAACCAAAUAGCUUUCAACUGUGUUUGAUAUAAUGGCAAGUGAUUUUCUAGCACCAAAUUAGCAGUUUAGCAUGAUUACUCAAGGAUAAGGAUUUGGAGUGAUGGCUGCUGGAAUUGGGGCCUGUCUAGUUUUGAUCAAAAAUGACUUUUUUCAAAUAGUGAUGGUGCUGUUACAUCAUUAAUGUCCUGACUACACUUUGUGAUCAUUUGAAUGCCACUUUGGUGAAUUAAAGUACCAAUUUCCUUCCAAAACAGCAAAAUCUGUACAUUACUCAAAAUCUUUGGCCACCAGUGUAUCUCUCUAAAUAAAUUCUGUUUAUUUCAACAAACAAUAUUUCCUGUAAAAAUUUAAAUUUGGUGUGAAUAAAUGUAUUUUUAAGUGAAUGUUAAAUUAUAGUGUAUUUCCUCUGUAAAAUACAUGUAGUUUUUACAGUGUACCCUUAAGGAGACAAAAAGGUAAAUUCUUUAUUCCCAGAGGAACAAAACAUAUUUAUCUACCUUUAAAGGCACACAAUAGGUCCUUAGGGUAGAAAUGUGUACCCAAAGAAGGUACAGAAAAGGACCCAGAAGACCACCCAAGUGACAGCCCUUGUACCUCUGAGAGUUUAUAUUAUCUUAUACUGCCUCACUUUCUGCUACCUUAGUCCCAGAAAGGAAACAAUUAGGAGUGUCACCCAACAUAGGUGGAAGAACAUAAACAACAUAAAGUAUAUCCACGGCUCAACUACAGGCAGGUGAAAGGCUUCCAUGUUUGCACAGUCUUGCAUUGUUUGGUUUGGUAUUAAAAUGCACUGUAUUUGCAUUGUUCUCCUUGACUGACAUAUGUUUUGUGUGAAUAUACAUUCUUGACAGUUUAUUUGUCUGGCUGGUCCUGAAUCCUCUUUGUGAUGUCAUGCAGACUCUUGAACGUAAGAGUUCCAUCUAUCCUUUCUUUUGACAAUAUGGAGAAGGUUGUUCAUGCCUUUGUGUCAUCCCAUUUGGAUUAUUGUAAUGUAUUGUAUCUGGGUGUGAGUCAGGCUUCUCUCUUUCGCUUGCAGCUCGUUCAGAAUUCAGCUGCCAGACUUUUAACGGGCACUAAGAAGAGAGAGCACAUUACUCCGGUUUUAAUUAAAUUACAUUGGUUACCCAUACGAUACAGAAUCCAAUACAAAGCUUUGUUGUAUGUUUUUAAGUCUCUGCAUGGCCUAGCACCUGAGUAUGUUACUGAUUUAAUCAGCCGCUGUCAAUCAAGUAGAUCUCUGCGCUCUAACGAUCAAUUGCUUCUCAUGGUUCCGCUGAUCAUGUUUAAGAUGUAAAGGUGAUCGGGCAUUCUCUGUUGCAGCUCCUAGGCUCUGGAAUGACCUUCCUCUGUCUGUAAAAACUUGUCCUUCAUUGGGUGCUUUUCAGAGUGCGCUUAAAACUUACUUGUUCACUUUAGCUUUUGACAAUGCUUUGUAAGUUUUUUUGUCAUAUGUUUGCAUUGUUUUUAUGUUUUUGUUUUUACUUUUAUACCUUCUGUACAGCACUUUGGUUCCACUUGUGGUUUUGAAAGUGCUCUAUAAAUAAAGUUGAGUUGAGUUGAGUUGAGUUGAGUGAGUUGAGUUCCGUGACACUGCCUUGCUAUGUCAUUGUGAUCACCAUAGCAACCAUAUUCAAAUCAAAUGCAUUAGGUGUAUCUCAUGAUGACCAUAGAUGGAAAUGUCAACCAUGGUGCCAUCUUUGAACAGCCAACAAGGAGAGCUGUUUGAAUGCAAGUGAUGCCUCAGACCGCUGCAUAAACUGCUUUUUGAGUGGAAACAGUUUAUCUAGUAAUUAAUUGACUGACUAGGUGCUAAUUUUCAGUAUGUUUGCCAUGAUAUAUUCAUUUGUAGAGGACUUUUUUUUUAUGCAGUUUGCUACAAAAAAACAAAAACAGUUUUAGAAGUCAGGAAAUUGCAUCAGGUAAGUUUUUAUUUAAAGUAACUUACUAUCAUAAAACUCGGAAUAUUUCUAUAUAUAAAUACAACUUCAUAUGUGUAUUAAUAUGAGCUUACUCAGUGCUUGAAGUGGAAAACAAAAGUGCAGGUACUCUCCUUAGUACUACUACUAAAUAUUAAUACUACUUAGUAUUAAACGUUAUUUUUGGGGGAAAAAUUAUAUACUCCACAGUCACAGUUUUUGUUCGCAACAUACGUUUAAUAACUUGGGGUUUUAUAAACUGAACUGGGGCUAAACCUCUUUUUCCGUAUUUAUCUUGCCAAACACAUUUAUUGUAACUAACAAAACUGUUAAUUAUAUUUGUUUAUUUACAUUAGAAUAGUAUUUAAUUACAUUAAAAGAGGUAUUUAAUUAAAAUUGUCAAGUUCUGGACAUAUCUGAUCUGGCUGAAGAACAAAUAGGACCUCACACUCUUCACUAACGAAUAAUGUUUGAUUAACUUUAAUUUGAAUAUGAUUAAUUGUUUUUGAAAACUGAGGAAGAAUAUUUAU